AUGUGCUGGGUGGCUUGGGACAAACUCACAAAACCAAAAGCAGGUGGGGGUUUGGGAUUGAGGGAUAUCCAAUUAUUUAAUCAAGCUCUACUGGCUAAACAAGCAUGGAGGAUCUUAACCAACCCAACCUGUCUACUAGCGAGAGUGUUACUAGGCAAGUACUGCCACAACAAAAAUUUCAUGGAGGUCACAGUCCCUACGGUUUGCUCUCAUGGAUGGCGAAGCAUACUACAUGGCAGAGAACUACUAAGAGAGAAUGUGGGUAAAGCAAUAGGGAACGGCUUAACUACCAAGGUGUGGAAAGAUUCAUGGAUAUCACUGGAACAGAACCUCAAACCAUUUGGACCUAUCCCUGAAGCGGCUAUGGAUCUUACGGUUUCAGACCUUCUAACCUCAGACAUGAAAUGGAACAAGAAGAGAAUAGAAGAGCUGUUACCCCUUGUGGCAGAGGAAAUCCAAAUGAUCCACCCAGGGAGCCAAGCCACGGAAGACAUCUAUGUGUGGCAACCACUACAAACAGGCAAGUACACAGCAAAGUCAGGUUACUAUACAGCAGCUAUGAAAGGACAAUGUAUACAAGAACCUAUACCUGAUGCGUUUGAGUGGGUGAAAGAUAUAUGGAACGCCAAGUGCUCGCCAAAGAUGAAGCUCUUUAUGUGGUCCAUCAUACAAGAAGCCAGAACUACUGCAACGAAGAGGAAUUCAAUCAGAGGCGCUCUGUUUCACCUAGCUACAGAGGUCGACUUCAAGAAGGCUGUGAUUGCGUUCAGGAGACAAAUAUGCCUCCCACUCUCGGGAGUCUCCUCAACCAUUCUACCAUGGGUGUGUUGGGCCUUGUGGACAGCUCGUAACACGCUCUUGUUUGAAAAGCGAACCUUUACUCCGACAGAAGUAGCAACCAAGGCGAUAAGACUGGCAAGGGAAUGGAUUAAUGCACAAGCUCAUCAGACACAAUCAACGAACGUCUUACCCCAUCCAAAGAGGAAGCAUCAGUUCAGAAGCGCCACCGGUGAUACUCCGACGUGCAAAUCGGACGCAGCCUACGAUGCUCAAUCAAGGAGAGCUGGCCUCGCAUGGAUCAUCAAUAAGCCUUCAGGAAGAAUGAUCCACCAAGAAUCGAGGACCCAAAACUUCGUGCCCUCACCUCUAGUAGCGGAAGCGCUGGCGCUCCGUGCUGGAUUAAUCGACGCAGUAAAGCUCGAGCUCCCAAAGCUCCGGAUGCUCUCUGACAACUCAACGCUCGUUAGAGCAAUCAACAACGACGCGCAGGCGAAGGAGAUCUUUGGUAUCAUCAAUGAUAUUCAACAAAUCUCUUCUGCGUUUGUCGAGAUUUCGUUCACACACAUCUCGCGUUCUUUCAACGAAGAUGCCGACCGCUUAGCUAAAUUAUGUCUUUCAGCUUCUUAA